AAUUUUACAAAUCAUUCAUCAACGUCCACCUUUCUGAAAACUUAAACCUAAGAACCUCUGCAAAACAACCGCCAUCUCUUUCGUUUCACAUCUUUCUUUCAAAACAUAAACCUAACACAUCUCUGCAAAGAUUCCAUCGAGUUCUUUCACUCAACUUUUCGGUUCUCUGUGACGACCUAAGGGUUUGACAUGGCCAGAAGACGCAGCAGUAGCGGCGAGUCGAGUGAAGAUGAUGUGAGGAGACGCAGUGGCCGCGAAUCUGAGGAUGACGAAAGGGAUAUGUAUCGGCGUGGUGGUAGGAGUGGUAGGAAGAGUUCUGGUCACCGCAGGGAUAAUAGUGAUGGAAGUAACUCGGGGGAAGAGAGAAAUGGAGCUGAGAGGGAUGAUGGAAUGGGGAGUGAUAAAAAAAGUAGGAGUAGGGAGAGAAAGGAGAAGUCGGAGAGCUCAGAGGAGGAGGGUCAGAUUGUGAAUAAAAAGAGAGUUAGUGAAGAGAAGGGAGAGGAUGAGAGGCUGCCGCAGGAUUAUGAUAGACGUGGGGGAAGAGAUGCUGAAGGAGAUAGCCGGGGUGAUAGGGAUUCUCGUCGAGUGAAUGGUCAGAGUGAAAGGCGAGGGGAGAAAGAGAGUCAUAGAUUGCAUCACAGGGAUAGAUGGCGAGGGGAGAAAGAGAGUCAUAGAUUGCAUCACAGGGAUAGAUGGCGAGGAGGGGAGGAAAACAGAAGUAGAAUUGUUGAUCGCCGUGGACGGCAUGAUUCAGAAGAAGAUCACAUUGAGCUAGCAAGGAAAUCAGAGAGGGAUAGUGAUAGGAGACGAAGAAAUGAUGACAGGGAUAGGAGACGGGAUGAUGACAAUGAGCGCAACCACAGGGAUAAGGGUGUGAGCAAGCAGCAAGAAGAAAGUAGGAAGAAAGAGAAUGGAAAUGGGAGAACUGUUAGAGAUGCAAAUCCUCAACGACAGACAACUAUCCCUGGAGGUAACCUGAAUGGUGAUGCAUCUAAUUUGGGCAAGAGUGGAGGUGUUUACAUUCCCCCCUUUAAGAUGGCGAUGAUGAUGAAAGAAGUUCAGGAUAAAAGUAGUGUAGAAUAUCAAAGGUUAACGUGGGAUGCUCUGAGAAAGAGCAUAAACGGGCUUGUAAAUAAGGUUAAUGCUACAAACAUAAAAAAUAUAAUUCCUGAAUUGUUUUCGGAAAACCUGAUCAGGGGAAGGGGACUUUUUUGUCGGUCAUGUAUGAAGUCACAGAUGGCAUCUCCGGGAUUUACAGAUGUUUUUGCUGCCUUGGUUGCUGUUGUUAAUACAAAGUUUCCCGAGGUGGGGGAUCUUUUGCUUAGAAGGAUUGUUUUGCAGCUUAAGAGGGCUUAUAAGCGGAAUGACAAACCUCAAUUACUAGCAGCUGUUAAAUUUAUAGGGCAUCUGGUGAAUCAGCAAGUAGCUCAUGAGAUCAUUGCUCUUGAGUUACUCACAGUUUUGCUCGAGAAACCUACUGACGAUAGUGUUGAAGUAGCUGUUGGUUUUGUGACAGAAUGUGGUUCAAUACUGCAGGAUCUCUCACCUAAGGGUCUUCAUGGUAUCUUUGAGCGUUUUCGUGGGAUUCUUCAUGAAGGAGAAAUUGACAAACGUGUUCAGUUUCUGAUUGAAGGCUUGUUUGCAAUAAGAAAAGCGAAGUUUCAGGGCUACCCAGCUGUUCGACCUGAGCUAGAUCUUGUGGAGCAGGAAGAUCAGUUAACUCAUGAAGUGUCCUUGGAUGAAGAGAUAGAUCCUGAGAUUUCCCUUGAUAUAUUCAAGCCAGACCCCAAUUUCCUGGAGAAUGAGAAGCGGUAUGAAGAGUUGAAGAAAUCAAUGCUGGGUGAGGAAUCCGAGGAUGAAGAGGAAGGCAUGGAUGCUGAGUCAGAUGAUGAAGAUGAAGAGGAUGAGUCUGAUGAAGAGGAUGAAGAACAGAUGCAAAUAAAAGAUGAAACAGAGACAAAUCUUGUCAAUCUUCGAAGGACAAUAUACUUAACGAUUAUGUCUAGUGUUGAUUUUGAGGAAGCAGGUCAUAAGCUUCUGAAAAUUAAGCUAGAGCCAGGUCAAGAGAUGGAAUUGUGCAUUAUGCUUUUGGAAUGUUGCAGCCAAGAGAGAACCUAUCUCCGAUAUUAUGGUCUUCUGGGGCAGCGUUUCUGCAUGAUCAACAAAGUNCACCAAGAAAAUUUUGAGAAGUGCUUUGUGCAGCAGUACUCCAUGAUUCACCGACUUGAAACAAAUAAACUGCGUAAUGUGGCAAAAUUUUUUGCUCAUUUACUUGGCACAGAUGCUUUACCUUGGCAUGUUNUAUCAUAUAUACGCCUGACUGAAGAGGACACAACUUCUUCUUCACGUAUAUUUAUUAAGAUUCUCUUCCAGGAAUUAUCAGAACAUCUUGGAAUCCGGCUGCUAAAUGAGCGGUUAAACGAUCCAACUAUGCAAGAAUCUUUUGAAUCCAUAUUUCCAAAAGAUAAUCCNAAAAACACACGGUUCUGCAUUAAUUUCUUCACAUCCAUUGGUCUUGGUGGUCUUACNGAGAACCUACGUGAGUAUUUGAAGAAUAUGCCACGUCUUAUCAUGCAACAACAAAAACAAGUUUCAGAAUCUGAAUCAGAUGAUGAGUCGGGGAGUUCUGCUUCAUCGGAUUCUGGAACAGCUAGUUCAGACACAGAUUCAACUAGUUCUGAUGAGAGUGACGCUGAGCAUGAUAGAAGACAGAGAAAGCGGAGGAGAAAGUGAAGCUAUUUUAUUUUUAAUUUCUUUUUAAUUUCAUAAUUUUGCUUGUAUGGAUGGAAAAAAAAUUUGUACCAGGAAAUGUAAUCAAAUUUUCUUUCAA